AUGACCCUCCCUGGGGUCCCCAGAGGGGCUGCUCCAGGGCACCCUCCUCUCUAUCACAUCUCUCCCUCAGGCCUGGCCUCAUGGGACGUUUCCAGUCCCCAGGGGGUACAGGGUGUGAAGGGGUCCUGCCUCAUCAUCCCCUGCGUCUUCAGCUUCCCUGCCAACGUGCAGGUGCCCGACAGCAUCACAUCCAUCUGGUACUACGACUACUCGGGCAAUCGGCGGGUGGUGAGCCACUCGGCAGACCCCCAGCUGGUGGAGUCACGCUUCCGCGGUCACACCCAGCUGGUGGGGGACACCGAGCACAAGACGUGCAGCCUGCUGCUGAAGGACCUGCGGCUGGAGGACUCGGGCUCCUAUAACUAUCGCUUCGAGAUCAGUGAGGGCAACCGCUGGUCAGAUACCAAAGGCACUGUGGUCACUGUGACAGAGAAGCCCAGUGUGCCCACCAUUGCCUCACCGGCUGAACUUCGAGAGGGCAUGGAGGUGGACUUCAACUGCUCCACUCCCUACGCAUGCCCCCAGGAGACGGUCAGCCUGAAGUGGCACGGCCAGGACCCCGCUCGUUCAGUCACCUCCACCCUCCAAAAGCUUGAACCCACAGGCGUCAGCCACCUGGAGACGCUUCACAUGGCCCUGUCCUGGCAGGACCACGGCCGGACCCUGCACUGCCAGCUCUCGGUGGCCAACCACAGGACUCAGAGCGAGAUUCACCUCCGAGUGCAGUAUGCCCCAAGGGGUGUGGAGAUCCUCCUCAGCCCCUCAGGGCGGAACAUCCUGCCAGGUGAUCUGGUCACACUCACCUGCCAGGUGAACAACAGCUACCCCGAGGUCAGUUCUGUGCAGUGGGUCAAGGAUGGGACGCAGCUUGAAAUCCGGAGCCAUGUGCUGCAGUUGUCCCAGGCGGCCUGGGACAAUGCUGGCGUCUACACCUGCCAAGCUGGGAAUGGCGUGGGCUCUUCCGUCUCGCCCCCUGUCAGCCUCCAUGUCUUCAUGGCUAAGGUCCAGGUGAGCCCAGCAGGCACCAUCCUGGAGAACCAGACUGUGACGCUGGCCUGCAACACGCCUAGAGAAGCCCCCGGUGAGCUGCGCUACCACUGGUACAAGAACCACGCCCCGUUGGAGGACGCCCACGGCCAGACCCUGCAGCUGCACUCGGCCACCAGGGCCGACACCGGCUUCUACUUCUGCGAGGUGCAGAACGCCCUGGGCAAAGAGCGCUCUGGCCCAGUCAGCGUGGUGGUCAGCCACCCACCCCUUGCCCCAGACCUAACUGCCUUCCUGGAGACGCAGGCAGGGCUGGUGGGCAUCCUUCACUGCUCUGUGGUCAGCGAGCCACUGGCCACCCUGGUGCUGUCACACGGGGACCUUGUCCUGGCCUCCACCCUUGGGGAGGGUGACAACAGCCCACGCUUCAGUGUCUCCUCUGCCCCCAACUCCUUGCGCCUGAAGAUCCGAAACCUGGGGCCAGCUGACAGUGGGGAGUACACAUGCUCGGCCACCAACUCCUUUGGGAGUGCAUCCUCCACCCUGGAUUUCCACGCCAAUGCGGCCCGCCUCCUCAUCAGCCCAGCAGCAGAGGUGCUGGAAGGGCAGGCAGUGACGCUGAGCUGCAGGAGUGGCCUGAGCCUGACGCCUGACACCCGCUUCUCCUGGUACCUGAACGGAGCCCUGCUUCUAGAGGGGCCCAGCAGCAGCCUCCUGCUCCCUGCGGCCUCCAGCACUGACGCCGGCUCGUACCACUGUCGGGCCCAGGACAGCCACAGUGCCAGCGGCCCCUCCUCGCCUGCCGUCCUCACAGUGCUCUAUGCCCCACGCCAGCCCACGUUCACCGCCCGCCUGGACCCCGAUGCUGCAGGAGUCGGGGCUGGCCGGCGAGGCCUCCUCUUGUGCCGUGUGGACAGCGACCCUCCAGCCCAGCUGCUGCUGCUCCACAGGGACCGUAUUGUGGCCUUCUCCCUGCCAUCAGGGGGCGGCUGCAGCACUUGUGGGGGCUGUUCUUGGCGUACAAAGGUCACCAGAGCCCCCAACCUAUUGCGUGUGGAGAUUCGUGACCCGGUGCUGGAGGACGAGGGUGUGUACCUGUGCGAGGCCAGAAACGCCCUGGGCAAUGCCUCCGCCUCGGCGACCUUCAAUGCCCAGGCCACUGUCCUGGUCAUCACACCGUCGCACACGCUGCAGGAGGGCACCGGAGCCAACCUGACUUGUAAUGUGAGCCGGGAAGCCGACAGUGGCCCUGCCAACUUCUCCUGGUUCCGGAAUGGGGCGCUGUGGGCCCAGGGCCCCCUGGAGACCAUGACGCUGCUGCCUGUGGCCAGAACGGAUGCAGCCCUCUAUGCCUGCCGCAUCCUCACUGAGGCUGAUACCCAGCUGUCUGCCCCAGUGGUCCUGAGUGUGCUCUAUCCCCCGGACCCUCCAAAGCUGUCAGCCCUCCUGGACAUGGGCCAGGGCCACAUGGCUGUGUUUAUCUGCACUGUGGACAGUAGCCCCAUGGCCCAGCUGGCCCUGUUCCAUGAGGAGCGCCUCCUGGCCACCAGCCCAGGGCCCCAGCUCCCAUCCCAUGGCCGCCUCCAGGCCAAAGCCACGGCCAACUCUCUGAAGCUAGAGGUCCGAGACCUGGGCCUUGCGGACUCUGGCAGAUAUCGCUGUGAGGCCACAAAUGUCCUCGGAUCAGCCAACACCUCCCUCUUCUUCCAGGUCCGAGGAGCCUGGGUCCAGGUAUCACCAUCAUCUGAGCUCCGGGAGGGCCAGGCUGUGGUCCUGAGCUGCCAGGUACCCACGGGGGUCCUGGAGGGGACCUCAUACAGAUGGUAUCGGGAUGGCCAGCCCCUCGAGGAGUCGACCUCGGCCACACUCCGCUUUGCAGCCAUAACAUUGAGCCAAGCUGGGGCCUACCAUUGCCAAGCCCAAGCCCCAGGCUCAGCCACCACAAGCCUGGCCGCCCCCAUCAGCCUCCACGUGUCCUACGCCCCUCGCCAGCCCACGCUCACCACCCUGAUGGACACAGGCCCCGGGCGACAGGGCCUCCUCCUGUGCCGUGUGAACAGCGAUCCUCCAGCCCAGUUACGACUGCUUCAUGGGGACCGCCUCGUGGCCUCCACCCUUCGAGGUGUGGGGGAACUUGCAGGCAGCUCUCCCCGGCUACGGGUGGCUGUGGCCCCCAACACACUGCGCCUGGAGAUCCACAACGCGGUGCUGGAGGAUGAGGGUGUCUACACCUGUGAGGCCGCCAAUGCCCUGGGCCGGGUCUCGGCCUCGGCCAACUUCGAUGCCCAGGCUGUGAGUGUACAGGUGUGGCCGGAGGCCACCGUGUGGGAGGGGCAGCUGGUGAACCUGACCUGCCUUGUAUGGACUACCCACCUGGCCCAGCUCACCUACACGUGGUAUCAGGACGGGCAGCAGCGCCCAGGUGCCCACUCCAUCCUCCUGCCCAACGUCACAGUCACGGAUGCCGCCACCUACCGCUGUGGCCUGUUGACCCCUGGGCAGGCACCCCGGCUCUCCAGACCCGUCACCCUGGACGUCCUCUACGCACCCCGCAGCCUGCACCUGACCUACCUCCUGGAGACCCGGAGCGGGCAGCUGGCCCUGGUACUGUGCACUGUGGACAGCCGCCCACCCGCCCAGCUGGCCCUCAGCCGUGCUGGCCGCCUCCUGGCCUCCUCGACUGCAGCCUCUGUCCCCAACACCCUGCGCCUGGAGCUGUGGGAGCCCGGGCCCAGUGAUGAGGGUCUCUACAGCUGCUCGGCCCACAGUCCUUUAGGCCAGGCCAACACGUCCCUGGAGCUGCGGCUGGAGGGUGUGCAGGUGACCCUGGCUCCGUCGGCCACUGUGCCAGAGGGGACCCCUGUCACAGUGACCUGCGAAGACCCUGCUGCCCGCCCACCCACCCUCUACACCUGGUACCACAACAGCCGUUGGCUGCAAGAGGGGCCAGCUGCCUCCCUCUCAUUGCUGGUGGUUAUGCGGGCUCACGCAGGCGCCUACUCCUGCCAGGUCCAGGAUGCCCAGGGCACACGCAGCUCCCGACCAGCCGCCCUGAAAGUCCUCUACGCCCCUCGGGAUGCUGUCCUGUCCUCCUUCCGGGACUCGAGGGCCAGCCCCAUGGCUGUGGUACAGUGCACUGUGGAUAGCGAGCCUCCCGCAGAGCUGGCCCUGUCUCGCAAUGGCACAGUGCUGGCCACCAGCCAUGGGGUCCACGGCUUGGCAUCGGAGGCAGGCCAUGUCCAGGUGGCCCGCAAUGUCCUGCGGCUGCAGGUGCAAGAUGUGCCCUCAGGUGACGAGGACACCUACGUCUGCACAGCCCACAACUCGCUGGGCUCAGUCAGCACCACAGCGCAGCUGCAGGGGGAAGGUGCGCGUGUGGUGGCCGAGCCAGGGCUGAACGUGCCUGAGGGUGCAGCACUGAACCUGAGUUGUCGCCUCCCUGGUGGCCCUGGGCCCACGGGCAACUCUACCUUCACUUGGUUCUGGAAUGGCCGGCGACUACACAUGGAGACUGUGCCCACCCUCACCUUCACCCACGUGGCCCGUGCCCAAGCUGGGAUGUACCACUGCCGGGCUGAGCUCCCUACUGGGGCCACCACCUCUACUCCAGUCAUGCUGCAUGUGCUCUACCCUCCCAAGACGCCCACCAUGACGGCCUUUGUGGAGCCUGAGGGUGGCAUCCAGGGCAUCCUGUACUGCCGAGUGGACAGCGAGCCCCUAGCCAGCCUGACCCUUCACCUCGGCAGUCGGCUGGUGGCCUCCAGCCAGUCCCAGGGUGCUCCUUCUGAGACACACAUCCACAUCUCAGCCACCCCCAAUGCCUUGAGGAUGGACAUUGAGGAGCUGAGGCCCAGCGACCAGGGGGAAUAUGUGUGCUCUGCCUCCAAUGCCCUGGGCUCUGCCUCUGCCUCCACCUACUUCGGAACCAGAGCUCUGUACCACCUGCGUCUGUUCCAGCAGCUACUCUGGGUCCUGGGCCUGCUGGUCCUCUUCCUACUGCUGGGCCUGGGGGCCUGCUACGCCUGGAGGAGGAGAAGAUCGACGGAAUCUGUGAUGACUCGGGCCCUGUGAACAAGGCAGCGUUGGGGGCUGCCUGCCUCUGUGAAAACAGUGGUGUGACAUCUGACUUUCUAUGACCUGGCUCCAAACCUCUGACCCCCAAGAAAAAUGGGUGGUGAGAGGUGGAGGUGAACCCAAGAGGUCUACCCAGGAGGGUGCUGACCCUUGGGGACUCUGAAGAGAAAUGAGUUGAUCAUGUUGCCCA